UACGUUCGGUUUUCAUUUUUUAUUUUUAAUUGUUAAGUUUUACAGUGGGGUAGAAUUGUGUCUCUUUCUAUGUUGGGGAGGCAGUGCUUUCUAUUAAAGUAAUAAUCCCAAUCAAUCCAGUCAAAUACCCACCUUGAGCUGAUCAGAGAAUUAGGAAUGCAAGAAGCAGCAGCCCUCAUUUUGAAAGUUAAGGGGAGAAGGAAACUGAUACCUGUUUCGUUUGAUUGCACAGAAAGCCAUUGAUUCCUCUGUGCAGCUGCAUAUACUCAUAUGGAAUAGUAUAUCCUGCAAGUAGAAUCGUUGAAUCCAUUUGUGAAUCAAUAACCCAUCUUCAUCCCAAGUUUGGUAUCUGUUGCAUACGUGGGGGUAAUGGUGCGAAUGUGAAGUAUAAGGUUAUUUUGAUUACCUUGGAGAAUCAUAAUGGAAAGGCAUUUCUCUUGUUCUGUAGAUGUACAUACAAUGUGUCGUGUGGAAAAAUUUGAAAUUUAUAAGCUUACAUUUGCAUCCUCUAUGUUUGACAUGAGAGUUCAGUAGAAAAAAGAAAGGUUCUAAAGCAAUAGUGCUUUGGUCUUCUGGGCGGUGGAUGCAAUGUCUAUGUUAAAGCCUCUAGAUCCAUCAGACGGUUCAAGUGAUGAAAGUAACAUAACUCUAGGAAGAAACUUCCGAAAUGGAUCACCUGAGAUGAUGAGUGCAUGGAAUAAGAUGAGAGUGCAGUACAAGCCUGAACUUGGGGGCAUUACCUUAAAUUCUCAUGGUUAUCUUGAUUCUUCUCUGACAGGGAUGCAAACCAGGGUAAUGCAGCUACUUUCCCAGAGUUCAUUAUCUGAUAUUGAGAGGCAAGCUAUCUUCAGUGCAGUAAAGCUACAAAAUCAGUACUCACCUGUAUCACCACUCACUUUCUUGGAUUCUAUGGGGAUGUCUGACUCCUCAUUUCAUUCUGCUUACACUAGUGGGCCAUAUUAUCAACAGACACAAAAUCAUGCUUUAAUUAAUUCUCAAGGCACUUUGUAUAGCCCUGCUACAUUGGCUGAAAUUUUGGUUUCCAAUGGAGGUCGAUAUCCUGGCAUGCCAAUUUUACAGAAUGUUUCUUCCCUUGAGAAAUCUAUAUCUACCGACAAUCUUACAGAGAGUAACUUGCCAUUCUACCCAAGUUAUCAGUCAUCCAGUGACCAACAGGGCAGUGUCAUAAUCAAUGAAAAUUCAGAAUGCAUGAGGCAAAAGCUGCAAGAGUUGGAGAGGGAACUUUUCAGUGAUUAUGAAGAGGCAAGUGUUGUAAGCCUCUCACAGAGCACAAAUUUUGACAGGGAAUGGGCUGAUACAAUAGAAAACCUUUUGUUUGAGGACUCUCCAGUGCAUUCUCCAACAGAAAGUACAAACCUAAGGGUUUAUUCUGAUAGCACCCUAGAUUAUCCCACAGUACGAGCCUUCCCACCUCAAGCAGGGAGCGAAGAACACUCAUCUUUUCUUUACCAAACAAGUUCUUCAAAUCAAGAAAUAUACACAUCAACUAUUCAACAGGAAAUGGAUCUUGAUGAAGGGAUCCCUUGUAAGCAGCUUUUAAUUCGUUGUGCUUCUGCAAUAUCUGAAGGUAAACUAGAAUUAGCAAAUAAUAUAAUCACAAGACUAAGAGAAAUGGUUUCUAUUCAUGGAGACCCAACAGAAAGAAUUGCAGCCUACAUGGUUGAGGGUCUUGCUGCACGUAUAGCAUCUUCAGGAAACGGGUUAUAUCAUGCUUUGAAAUGUAAAGAACCACCAGAUGCUGACAAUUUAUCUGCAAUGCAGAUAUUAUUUGAAGUUUGCCCAUGUUUCAAAUUUGGCUUUAUGGCAGCCAAUGGAGCAAUUUCUGAAGUCUUCAGAGAGGAUCAGAAAGUUCACAUUUUAGAUUUUGAUAUUGGGCAGGGCAGUCAAUACAUGAAUCUCUUAGAGAUUUUUGCAAAAAGGCCUGGCGGACCUCCACAUGUGCGCAUAACUGGGGUAGAUGAUCCUGAGACUGUUAAACGCCCUAUUGGGGGAUUGACUAUGAUAGGAAAGCGCCUUGAACAACUUGCAUUAUCAUAUAGAGUUCCUUUUCAAUUUGUUGCCAUUGCAGAGAAAAUUGGAGAUGUUGAACCACAGAGGCUUGACAUCAGACCAGAAGAAGCUCUAGCAGUCAAUUUUGCGUUCCAACUGCAUCACAUGCCUGAUGAAAGUGUAUCUACAAGGAAUCCUCGUGAUCGACUUCUAAGGAUGGUAAAGUCUCUCAAUCCUAAAGUGGUCACUGUAGUGGAACAAGAGGUGAAUACUAAUACUGCACCUUUUUUGCCCCGGUUUGUGGAAGCUUUAAACUAUUACUCAGCAGUUUUCGAAUCUUUGGAUGCUACGCUUCCAAGGGAAAGCAGAGACCGAUUGAAUGUUGAAAAACAAUGCCUUGCCCGAGACAUUGUCAACAUAGUUGCUUGUGAAGGAGCAGAUAGGAUUGAGAGAUAUGAAUUAGCUGGAAAAUGGAGGGCCAGAUUGAUGAUGGCAGGUUUUACUGCGUAUCCACUCAGUGCCUCUGUGAACAACACAAUCAAGUCACAGCUACAAUCAUACUGCAAUAGUUACAAUCUUAAGGAAGAAGGAGGAGCUCUAUAUCUUGGAUGGUUAGACAGAAUUCUCAUUGCAGCAUCUGCUUGGCAUUGACAAACUAAUAACCUACUAUUGUUCUUGUACAAAAUAUUCUUAUUAUGAUUUAUAGACAACAUUGCAGAGGCUGCAUUUGACUUUGACAUUGACCUUGGCAAUUUGUGUCAGAGAAGAGUGCACAACACUUCAUGUAACAAUUUUUUGAUGGGAGCAUUGAACCUAGCAUCCAGAAAACAUUGCUUUUGCUCUGUGCAAUCAGAGAAAGUACUAGGGAAGGCAUAUUUAUAUUUAUAUUUUGUUUUCUUUGUUCAUGAUGCAGAUGCUUGUGAAAGUUAGUGAUAGAGAUAGAAGUUUUUAAACAGUCAAAGUACCAUUUAAUCAGGGGAAUCAAUGUUUGGCAUUGCCAAAAAUAUUGUUCAAAAUGUCUUAAAAUAAUAGAGUUGCAUAUUUCAAAAUUU